AAGGAAAAUAAAUAACAUUGAAACACACAGCUCACUCUCUCUUUUCUUUCUCCAACCAACGCGAACACCGCAACUCCAAAAAGCGACCACCGUUAGCGACGUGGUUGGUAACGGUACGGAAACAAGGAACAAAACCUGACCAACCCAGCCCUGAUUCGUCGACCGUAGCCACCGGACUCGUGAUAGGAAGCGCGCUGCCACCGAGAGGAAAAAGUUUCCGAUCCGGUCAACUCCGGCGCCUCCGCCGUGGGCCACCACCACCAUUCAACUCCCCGACGUGAGACGCACCUAUUCCACCCAGUUUCCGGCCAGAAAGAUCACCGGAAGAGUAGACCUGUAACGGGUCAUUUUGACCCGACUCGAUUCUGAGUUUUUCGGCGCUUCCGAAGGUUGAUUCUGACUUGGUUCGUGUCCUCGAACGUGAUUCCGACGCUUUUGACAACUAACGGGCAAUUUAAGAGUACACCGGAAAAAAUACAGCCCAUACGCAUAUACGGGACCAUAUACGUACAGGUGACUUGUUGUCUCAUCGGUUUCACGAUUACGCGAGGGAAGUGGGAGUAGGUCGCGUGAUAGCUGCAUUACCAGUUGAGUGAAUAGAGGACUUAUCCAAUACAUUGUACACUCACCUAUGUCCCUGCAUAUAAUCUCUGAUUCGCUAUCAUCUCGUCAUUGUCACGAUCCUUGUUUCGUGCUGAGUACCAGUUCUUACAAUUGGAAAUUGAUUGCUUCAAAGAAAGGCUUGGUGCUUGAUUCCUUAAACUCAAAGUAGCAUUUACUUGGAAAAGAGAAGACUAUCUUGCCAAUGGCUGCUUCUGCAAAAGUUUUCACCCUCGAUAGUCGCACCUGUAAUGGGGAUUGGACUGUUGUUUUACCUCGCCGAGGAAGACACAGAAGAAAUUACCCCAAAAUUAGAACUCCAGAAGAACAGCAGCAACCAUGGUUUCCUUCUGAUCUUAAAAGAGAUACAGUUGUGGAAUCAAGAUUGUUACAAAAGUUGCAGACAUGUAUGAAGAAGAUUGAGAGCUCUCAGUUUUACAAGACUUUAAUGGAUCAAAUUCAAUCUCCAGAGAUAAUGGAUCACAUUUGUAGGGUUUUGGGCUCUGAGAUGAAUAUGGAAAUGGUUGUAUAUGGUAUAGGCAGCAUUGAGGCAUAUGAAGCUCCUCGAUUUCAGCUGAGCCUUGCCCUAUUGAUGAAAAGAAAGUUUAGUUGGAUUGGGGACAUAGAGGUGUUUGAUCCUAUUCUAUCAGCAACAGAAAUGAGGGUUAUGGAAGCCCUUGGUUGUUCUGUUCUAUCUGUAAAUGAGCAAGGCCGCCGACAUGCUGUGAAGCCAACCCUUUUCUACAUGCCACACUGUGAGGCAAAUUUGUAUGACAAUCUCUUGCAGGUGAAUUGGGGAAUGGAGCAGUUGAAUCGUAUCGUAUUGUUCGGUAACAGCUUUGAGACAUAUCAGCAAUAUGUGUCAGAGUUCACUAGCUCUUUGGUCGCUGAUUCGGCAAGGCAUAUUUUGGCUGCACAAAAAUUUACAGAUGAGUUUGCUGUCAAGACAGUUUCUGAUGAUUAUUUUGCUGCUUUUCAUGAUUCAAGUCUGCAUUUUUUAAGCCCUGUUAUUGAAACAGAGCUACAGUUAAUCUAGAGAUGGGUGGGUGCUUUUAAUCGCUGCCCGGAAAAUGAAUUAUCAUCAAUUCGUAGUAAUUAUUGUGUUUAUCUCAAUGUUUGAUUUAUUUGAAUUGGUGACUGAGCCCCAUAUAUUUUGGAUGUUGUUUGCUGAUAUUUUUUGCUGCUGCUGGACUGGGGUUUCCUCAAAUGACUAUGGGUAAUACCCUGAACUUCAGUUUCUAAGUAUUUAUUACAGCUUGAAAUUCCCAAAUUUUUGUUGUUGUAA